AUGGCUGGCGACGAAAUCACCCAGCGCUUUGAGACGCUGCAAUUGCAUGCUGGUUAUGAUCCAGAUCCGGCCACCAAUUCGCGAGCUGUUCCCAUUUAUGCUACCACACCCACGGUCGAAGCCUUCGAGAAGCGCGUCGCUGCCCUAGAGGGUGGCGUGGCUGCAGUCGCCGCCUCCUCCGGCCAAUCCGCCCAGUUCAUGACCAUUGCUGCCCUUGCUGCCGCCGGCGACAACAUCGUUUCCACCACCAAUCUCUACGGAGGGACCUAUAACCAGUUCAAGAUCUUCCUGCCGCGCCUUGGUAUCACUACCAGGUUCGUCACGGGCGACGACCCUGAUGAGCUGGCGUCGAAGAUCGACGAUAAGACCAAGGCCAUCUACCUAGAGACGAUUGGGAAUCCGAGAUACAACGUGCCGGACUUUGAGCGGAUUGCGAAGGUUGCGCAUGAGAAGGGGGUACCGUUGGUGGUGGACAACACCUUCGGCGCAGGCGGAUUCUUCACGCGCCCCAUCGAGCACGGUGCCGACAUCGUCGUGCACAGCGCUACGAAAUGGAUCGGCGGCCACGGCACCACCAUCGCCGGCGUCGUCGUUGACAGCGGCAAGUUCGACUGGGGCAAACACGCCAAGCGGUUCCCGCAGUUCACCGAGCCAUCCCCCGGCUACCACGGCCUGAAACUGUGGGAAGCUUUCGGCGCCGCCGCCUUCGCUACUAGCGUGCGCAUCGACGUGCUCCGUGAUCUCGGCAGCGCGCUGAAUCCGUUUGCCGCGCAGCAGUUGCUGCUGGGCCUGGAGACCUUGUCGCUCCGCUGCGAGCGACAUGCGAGCAAUGCGAUGGCGAUGGCCAGGUGGCUGGAGAAGAAUGAGAAUGUCUCGUGGGUGUCGUAUCCGGGAUUGGAGAGCCAUCCCAGCCAUGAGACGGCGAAGAAGUACCUGAAGCGUGGGUUCGGAGGCGUGCUGUCGUUUGGUGUCAAGGGCGGUGCCGAGGCCGGCAGCCAGGUCGUCGACGGGUUUAAAAUCAUUUCAAACCUUGCCAAUGUCGGUGACUGCAAAUCCCUAGCCAUCCACCCAUGGUCAACGACGCAUGAGCAACUUAGCGAGGAGGAGCGCAUCGCGUCCGGCGUGACGGAGGAUGCCAUCCGCUUCUCUGUCGGCACCGAGCAUAUUGAUGAUAUCAUUGCGGAUUUCGAGCAGUCAUUUGCAGCCAGCAGCGCGCUGAGCGGCAAGGCCGAUGAAAAAUGA